AUGUCGAUCGCGAUCUACCAGUCGAUUGCUGAGGCAGUGUGGAUGCAGAACCUCUCCUCUGUGGGGCCGUGGCUGCAGGUGGAGGGCUUCCUUCUCUCUGGAGGCUGGUCCCUUGUGGCGCUGGUCUGCUUCCUGCUGCUGUACAUCGUAGUGCUAGUGGCCAACGGUAGCGUUGCCGUGGUCAUAGUGCGUGACCGUGCGCUGCACACACCCAUGUACCUGCUGUUUGUGCAACUUACAUUAAAUGACAUCAUGUUGAAUUCGGUGAUCAUGCCACAGGUGCUGGUGGACCUGCUGCGCCCGCCAAAGCACCGGGUGAUGCACCUGUCAGCGUGUAUCCUGCAGGCGUUCCUGGUGCACGUUAGCACUAUGGCUUCAUACACGGUUCUCGUGAUCAUGGCAUUUGACCGUUAUGUGGCGAUCUGUAACCCGCUUCGGUACACCACCAUCAUGAGCGGCCGCAUGAUAGUGCUGUUAACAGUUUUAGCGUGGGGCGGGGCUGUGGUGGUGGUGAGCAUCGUUUUUGUUGUGACGCUGCGGCUGAGUCAAUGUCGCUCAAUGAUCGAAGGGCUGUACUGUUCAAACCCGGUUCUUUAUAAACUGUCAUGUGAAAACACUUUUCUCCAGAACAUCUUGGCUCUGAUCAUCACUGCUCUGCUGCUCGCCGGCUCCAUCAGUGUCAUGCUCUUCACUUACCUCAGGAUCACUGUGGUCUGUGUGAGAAACCAGAGCUCCAAGCUGAACAGAAAAGCCCUACAGACCUGCUUCACACACCUGCUGGUGUACCUACUCCUGCUGCUCUCCGGCCUCUUUGUCAUGGGGCUCCAGAGGGUCCAGGGGCUGGUGGAGGAGAGGAAGGUCAUUGCUAUGCUCAAAGACCUUGUGCCUGGAGCUCUAAACCCAAUCAUCUACGGUCUACAGAGCAAGGAAGUGCGGCGCUACCUACUGUCCUGCAGAGGGAGCAGGACUCACACACAGUAA